AUGUUCAUGCCCGGAAUGUUUGCAGGCGCCGGGCUCAACAAUGCCGACCCAGAGGCCGAGAGAGACCCUCCUCGAAUUCCGACUCCAGUGACUUUCCCAAUCCGGAGUGCUUAUUCCCAAACAGAAUGGAGUAAUGUCUCGCCGCCACCAAAGCUACAAUCAUUCUUUUCCAAAGUAGUCCGGCCAUCCGAUAUUUCCGCUGCCCAUGUUGAGGCUCUAAACAUUCACCUUCUGCCUCCAUGUCCACCCGAUGAGCUUAUACCGUUGGCGGUUGAUGGCAGCUCAUAUCUUCCGCCUUUGUCGCCGAAUCAGGCUAUAAAUGCAGCGUCGUAUGCGGAAGUCACAAAGGUGAACGCAUGCUCAGCUAAAAAGCAAGCCGACCUCGUCGAACGACUUACAGAGCUAAAGCUAAGUAACGAUGCUGGCUUUCGCACAAUCACACGCACUACGAAACACGGGACCAAACCGCCCAAGCUCAGCUGGCUGCGGAAGUUCUGGGAAGGGCUUGAAAGCGUUUCGCAGUAUUGGGACACCUCUCUGGACUGUUACUACGAAACGGAAUCGGUGACGACUGAGCCCGAGAAGGGUGCAAAGCGGCUACGAAUGGACUCCGUCCAAGGCGAGACCUUGGUUCGAAACAAGAAUGGGCCUCCGCACGAGAUUGCCUCCAGCGAUGACGAAGCUGGCCCAGGCAUUGAGUCAACAAAUGACUCUCACGCAUCCGAAAGGGCAAAUGAGAAUUGCACUCAACCAAAUGGCUUCAGCCCUGGCCAAGCAAACGGAGGGGAGUCCUCGAGCACGUCAACAGAUUCACGCAAGUGCUGGCGGUACAGAGGUCGACGGACAGCUUCUGGACGAGACAUGCCAGAUCAAUUCCGUUCAGACACUGUUCGCGCUUUUGUCGAAGCUGCUGCAUGGCCUUUCAACUGCUCCGUGGCACCACCACGUCAUAUGCCCAUUGUGCAAAUGAAUCGACUGAACAUUCCUGUAAGACAAACAGCGGCUGUGUACCGCAAUCCAAAAGAACGCAGCAGAGUGCGGGCGGGCUUUCUCGAAGGCCCUGUACUUACAAUCCAAUGCCGACCGGACACGGACUUUGACGCACCUAGCUUGACCAUCGAGCAGAUGAAGACACGAGCACGGCUCGACUUGAUGCGAGAGUUGGGUGCGCUACUUCAGCUGGCUCAGGAACGUCGGAGACACGGGAAGGCUGAGCAUCGCUCUGGCGAAGGCAAGUGGUGGACUAGCAAGCCGCGGUGGGGAGGUGGGCGUGACGGAGAGCUCUUGAGCGAUGGCGGCAAUGCAAAUGUGCCAGAAGUGCCGCCUAAUACUGAUGCCAUGCUUGGUGCGCCGAAGCCGAGAAGCCCUCGAAAGAAGAAAACGCCUGCCAUGCUUUGGAAGGAACUAAGAUGUGGGAGCAAGAUGUGGGAUCCGCGCAUUGCGUACGAGGCGAUCGGCAAAGACGCCGACUCUGCUUGGGAUGAGGUCUUCAUGGUUUCGUCGCUGAAUCACCACAUAUCCAUUCUCAAGCUGCGAGUCCACGGCGCUUACGUUGAGUAUCUUCAAUCGGAGACACUACCAGAUCCCCUCCCGACGGACAAAGAUUGGUGCUCGCCAAAGCUGCAGCGCUCGCAGUGGUUUGAUCUCCUGGAUGUUGGCCAACGAGUAGAGGCAUUUCGUGCUCUAUGGGGUGUCAUCGCAUAUCUAAUGCGGGAGAUGGACAGUCUUACGAAAGCUGGAGCCGAGGACGACGCUGGCAAGUCUGAUUGA